AUGGACCAUAAAUCUACAAAUCUUGGAUCAAACCUUUCAUCAUCAUCGUCUAGUGAGGAAUCGAUCAUGAAUUCAUUAUCAUCAGCACCGCCAUCUUCGGUAGUGACUAGGGUCAAAACAGAACGCUGGGAGUUUUCGCCUCCAAGUGUUUACGAAAAUAACAAAUCAUCGAUGACAAAAGAUAAAGAACGUUUUUGUUCAUCUUCUUCUUAUACGUGUUGUUUGUCGUCAUCAUCAUCAUCUGCAUCUUCGACACAGAAAAAGAAUGAAUCAUCACCAUUGGUUAAAAAACCAGGUUGGCGCCGAUUCGUAUCGCGUAAACAAGUGGAUGAUUUCAUUUUUGUACCUACAAAAAAUCAAAUAGAAGGACAAGAAUUCCAAAUUAUUACGGAUGAUAAGAUUCAAAAAUCUUGUGAAGAUAUAUCAGUAUCAUAUUCAGAUACACAGCUAAAACCUUACAUCAUGCAGAAAGCAAAAUCGAUGCCUAUACAUAAAACAACUAUGUCGGUACAACUUGAUCCCAAAGUGAUUACACAAGCUGAACAAGUAGAUGAAUUCUUGCAAGAAUUGAGUAUGGUAGUACCAUCAAUAUCAAUAUCUAGAUCUUCAUCAAAGAUAAGAACAAAUCGAGCAAAAACAAAAACUAAAACAAAAACCAAUACAAUCAAAUCAUUACAAAGUAAAUCCAAUCUAUCCGUUUCUUGCAAGACAAAGCCAUCAUUUACAAAUUGUCCAAUCGAUCCAUUGACUGGUGGAAUGAUAAACAAUGAUACAUUAAAACGAGUAAAAAUUUGGACACGAACAGAAAAUAUUUCACCUUCUAAUAGUAUGACCAAACGACGAACAAAACAUGAUCAAAAAAAAAUCUAA